AUGAACCUAAUAAGUCAGUUAGCUGAUCUUCAAGAUGAGACUAUGAAGAUGCUGCAUGAGAAGCUUGACAAAAUCGAAUCUGAUCUUUCGGGAAAAAGGGAUGACAUUGCUGUUAGAGUUAGAAGUAUAGAAGAGCAAAGAUAUAAAGAUACUGAAGCCAUGGAGAAGAAGCUCCAUUUCCUGGAGGAAGAACAAGAGAGACAUCUCAAGAGUGCUCAAGAUAAUGCUAUCAACAUUAAAGACUUGGCCAAUGAAGUUUCGGAUUUAACAAAGGACCAUGAGUCCAAGUGUGGAGUUUUAUUCAACAAGGAUUUAGACACAAGGAAGCGUGUGGAGAAUCUUGAGAACCGAGAAUAUGAAGCUGAGAGGAAGAUGUUUGGUCUCGACUUUGAACAAAAACGUUUUGGAGAACUUAUAUCCAAAGAAUUUACAUUCACCAAGGAGAGCCACAAGCUACUUAAGGAGAUUGAAGCUGAACAAAAGGAGAAGGAUCAAGAUCUUGCUGCUAAGAUUGAGGAUCUAACCUCAUAUGCAUUAUGUGAUUUCGGUUCAUGUAUCAACAUCAUGUCAACUGAUGCUGUUAAGAAGAUUGGCUUGAGACACUUACAACUUUCGGACAUACGCAUAGGACUCGCCAAUUCCUUAUUCACAAUAGCCGAAGGAAUGGUCCGAGACAUUCAUGUGCGAGUCGGAAUUUGCAAUGUUCCAACCGAUUUUCAGAUUAUCAAUGCUGAGAAAGGGAGUUUUACACCACUUAUCCUUGGAGGAGCAUUCCUAGCCAAAGCUGGAGCCGUCAUGGACUGGCAUAACCGAAGAAUGACUCUCACCAACAUCAGUGGAGACAUUUUCUAUGAAGCUAAACCAUUCAACCCACCAACUCGAAGAUGUAGAGAAGAAGAUUAUGCAAGAGAUCCACCUGAUGCCUACAUUGGAGAAAGAUCCAAGAGAGCUUGUCUAAGGAUAACUGACUCUUCUCACCCUGCUUGA